GCCAAAUUGCAAAACAAACGCCGACAAGCUCUGAGGUGCUUAUGUUGUAAAAUUAUAAAUUGUAUCGUCCAUGAAUUGAAGUCCAUCGAAAAGCAGCUGCUGUGUGAUUUGUUGAAAUUUCAAUACACGAUCUGUAACCUUUGAUUUACGAUAAAAGUGCAUGCAGUAGGAUUUUAGUUUGCGCAGGUAGCAAACACUCGCGUCCAGGCAACAUCUGCGUCUAUCUUUUUUUUUAACUGGAAGUUUUUAUCGUUAGCUUAUUAUUUACUCAAAGUUGUUCAUCUGGGGUCAAAAUUGUUGCUUCGUGUAAGGUAUGCCAACGUACAAAGUCGAGGACGACGUAAAGCUUAUCAAAUGUGUCCAACAACAUCCCGUUCUUUGGCACAAGGCGUACAUGAACGGUCGCAGCAGGCUGGCGACAAGCAUCUGGCAGGGCAUUCGAGAUCUAUCCUUCCCGAACAAGACUGUGAAUGAGUUGCGAGUACGUUGGAAAGGAUUACGAGACCAUUACUGCCGUCAACUGCGUCGCAUUGAAGGUUGUGAAGGAUAUGGUUCAUCUUGGAAAUUUUUCCACCUUCUGAAGUUUUUGGAUGGUCACUUUAAACUUAAACGCAGUACCGCCAGACGAAUCGAAAAAAGGGGAACCUCAUCCGAAAUGGUACAAGCAGAGGUAACAAACAUAUGCUGGUCCGGUCAGUCGGAAGCAUCCUACGCUACCUCCUCAUGGGAAGAUUGUGAAAGCAUGCAUUAUUCUCGUGAAGCUUCUUUCAACUAUAGAUUUCGCUCCCAAAAUAAUCAGAAAAGGACGCGUAUGAUGAGCAAAGACUCCCCCGCUCUAGUUGCUGAUUUGGAGCCAGAAGAGUUAACUUGGGUUAGUUCGGUUUCGAAUAGCACGUUCUUGGCAAGUAUGGUCCCCUUACUAGAGCAACUUUCUCCGCUGCAGAAUGUGCAGACCCGUAUUAAUAUUAUGAAAAUUAUAACAAACGCGCUGCGUGAUGAAUUGGAAGUCCAAUGAGAACUACCACAAUUUUUACAUUUUUUCUUAUCAUUUGUAGUAAAGUGUUCUAACAACGCUCGUUUAAAUCCUCAAAAGAAAUUAUCUAAAUACCGUUCUUGCAACAAUAAAUGUUAGAGUAAUACUAAC